AUGGCUGUAGAACUAAAUGAACGCCUUUACAUUUCCCUCUUCUCUUGCUUCAUCUUCUUUCUCAUUGCGUUGAAGCUCACAAGAAGGAGAAGCAACUCCAAUCUUCCUCCUUCUCCUCCAAAACUACCCAUCAUCGGAAAUCUUCAUCAGAUAGGCAAACUUGUGUUAUUACACCAUUCUUUCCGAGAUCUGUCCCACAAGUAUGGCCCUCUCAUGCUGCUUCACUUGGGCCAAACCCCAACUCUGGUGGUCUCUUCUGCAGAUCUUGUCAGAGAAAUGGCCAAAUCCCACGACGUCGUUUUCUCCGACCGUCCUUUAAUCACAGCCGGAGAGGCCCAUUUCUUUGGAUGCAACGAUGUGAUCUUUGCACCUUACGGGGAAGGGUGGAAACAGAGAAGGAAAGUCGCUGUUGCAGAAUUUCUGGCCUUAGCGAAAGUAAGAUCCUUUCAGUUCAUAAGUGAAGGGGAAGUUGCAGUCUUGGUUAAUGAGAUUCGUGAAGCUUGCAUGAAGAACAAUGAAGGAUCAUCGUCUUCUGUAGUAUCAGUAAAUUUGUUUCAGAUGAUGGUGGUAACUUCGAUCAACAUAAUGAGCAGAUGUGUGUUUGGUCACAAGUAUGAAAUGGGAGAGAUAGUAAUGGAAAUGUUGCAUCAAAUCGGAGAGUUCAGUUUUGGAGAUUUCUUCCCUUCUCUGUGGUGGAUGGAUCUUGUUACAGGUCUGCUUCCAAGAAUGAAGGCCACUUCGAGAAAAUUACAGAAUUUCAUCGACCACAUGAUUGAACUACACAGCAGCAAGCACAUGAAUAGUCAUGAAAAUAACAACUUAUUGGAUGUUCUGCUUCAACUUCAUCACCAUCCCAUGCCUCACUCUGACCUCUCGCUACUUAGCAUCAAGACAAUAGUAGCGGAUAUGUUUGUGGCAGGAGUGGACGCAACUUCAACUACAGUUGAAUGGGCUAUGGCGGAGCUGAUGAGACGUGGAGGGAAAAUGAAGAGAGCACAGGAAGAGGUACGAGGAAUUGUGGGACACAAACCUACAAUUGAUCAAACCGAUGUGAGUGAGAUGAAGUACUUAAAAUGUGUGGUGAAAGAAACUCUGAGAUUGCAUCCACCUGGUCCUCUUUUGGCUCCCAGAAAAACUUUAAGCAGUGUGAAACUAGGAGGGUACGAUAUUCCCCCUAAAACGAAAGUGCUUGUAAAUGUUUGGGCAAUCCACAGGGAUCCCAAGUACUGGGAAAGGCCUGAAGAGUUUGUUCCAGAGAGAUUUGAGAAGAGUGAAAUUGAUUUCAAAGGCCAAGACUUUGAGCUUAUUCCCUUCGGUUUUGGAAGAAGAGGGUGUCCUGGACAAUCCUUUGGGAUCGCUUCAGUUGAAUAUGCUCUUGCCAAUCUCUUAUACUGGUUCGAUUGGAAGCUUCCUGACGAUGGAACAUCUUCCUCUGCCAUGGACAUAGAUAUGAGUGAGGCAAGUGGCCUUGUCGUCUCCAAGAAGAUACCACUUCUUCUGCAACCAAUCCCGCACCCUACCUUUGUCCCUGAAACUUGCGACACUGCUUAA